UGUCCACUGGCUAUUACAAAUUCAAACUAAAUGUGCUCACUAGCACUUCUUAUCUAUAGUCAUGUAUUAGUCGGACGCAACGCCUGAGUCAACGACAUUCCACCUCUUCAGGAUAGUGUUGAAGGAAUAAUUGAACAAAUCCAAAUCAUUAUUGAUAUUCAAUACAGAUCGAGAUGUCCGACAACCAGGCACAACUGCAGGCUGUAUGGCGUCACCAAAACCAGCCACAACAACAGAAAAUUCAGAGGCAACAACGGGAGCAGCGACAGUCGGUGACCCAGGAGAUGAGCUUGGAGUGCGCCAGGGACUUGGAGUGCGACAAGUGCGCGCGCAUGUUCCCAACCAAGAGGUUCUUGGCUCAGCAUUUAGCGCCAGACAAGCGCAAGUGCCAACUGUGCUGCAAACGGUUCCGGCACGUUAGCAACCUGGUGAACCACGUGCGAGUGCACACAGGCGAAAAGCCGUACACGUGCGUGGUGUGCCGCAGGUCCUUCGCACAGGUAGGAAACCUGCGCACGCACAUCCGCGGCGUUCACUCCGGCCACACGCCGUACGUGUGCAACGUCUGCGGCCGGCAGUUCACGCAGAUGGGCAACCUGGCCACGCACAAGCACGUACACGACGCCGAUAAGCCGUACGCGUGCGAUGAGUGCCAGGUGUCUUACUGUCAACAGUACCAAUUGGUCAGGCACCAGAAGAAACACCGCGUAAACGUCACUCCAGGUCCUUUGCCGCGGUCACAGUCACAGCGUCAUUAGGGAUUACGGUUAAUUGAUCAUCAUCAUCAUCAUAAUAAUCAGUAUUGUUAUAGUUAAUAUCAACAGAUCGUGGCGUACGUCUCACACUCCCAAGGGGCCAGGAGAAAAAUUGAAGACUACGACUAUUAUAAUUUAAAAAUAAUAUUAUGAGUAAAGUGUAUUGCAAUAUGGACUCUACGAUCACAAUAUUAUAUUUCAUUGUUAUUCUGAAACAGUAGGCUUUAACAGUUAUUUAGUAUCUAAUAUUUAUGUUUUUAUUUGUAUAAUUAUAUUUAGAUACUUGUCGUCACACGCCGCGAACAAAUAAACAAAAUUUACAUUUAUCCCGAAGAGACGAGGAGUAUUAAUUAAAAAUAAAUUUUUGUUUGUUCUAUCUUUAUACACUUGGCUUUAAUUAUUCUUUUUUAAGAAAAACAUUAACACCGCUUGAUCUUACACAAUUUUAAAUUGUAUAAUACACAAUGAAAAUAUAAAAUCACAUUUAAAUGUAUUUUUGUACAAUACAUACGUUAUUGUUCUGUGGUUAUAGUAUUACGUAAAAUGCAUAUAAUAUUAUGCAUUUAUACGUAUAAAUACUAUAUUAUAUAGACAUAUAAUAUUUAUAAUCAAUGGUUAGGUUAGAUCUGGUUAUAUUAUGUACACUUGCGACUAUAAUAAUAUGCAUAAGUUAAAAUGACAUACAGUUCGAAAUUUUUGUUAUUACAAACACACAAAAAUCAUCCAUAAGAGAAUGUCAGUGUACUAUUUAUUUUCUAUCAUCGAAAAUUUACGUUUAAAAGAACCAACCCUGUGUUUUUAAUUUUAACUACUAAUUAAAGUGAAUUCACCUAUUUAUAAACUUUAGGUUAAGAACAUUACCUGUCCCUACGGCCUGUGUUGGCUAUUUUAUGAUAUUUUAAUUUUUAUAUAAGUUAUAUGAGCGUGUAAAUUAUUACAAUUUAAAAAUGCUUAUAAAUUGUUCAACAAUUAAAAUAUCGUAAAAAUUGCCAACAUUAAUACAAGUAAUGUUCUUAGUUUAAAAGUUUGAUAAUAGGUGAAUUUAUUCUAGAUUAGUAUUAAUAGUAACAAUACUGGGUCGGUUUUGCCAAACAUAAAUCGUAAAUGUGGCACACAGGUCAGAGAAAGAAAACAUAUGGUGCUCUGACAACUCAUAAAACGUGUAAAUCUCAUCCUAUGAUCUCAAUAUCUCAACUUUCAUGUUUGUUUUAUUUUUAUAAUUUCAUUUAAUAGUUAAAUUAUUUAAAUUUUAACUAAUGGCGCUUAUUGGUAAUUCUCUAGUGAUCAGUUUUAGGUAUUUUACACCACAAAACUUAUGAGACAAAUAAUUUUUUUUUUUUUAUUGAUCUCAAUAACAUCGGGGGCUAAGGCCAUUAGUUAGACAAAUAAUUAUUGAUCAUUAUUAAAUAUUAUAUCUUAAUAUUUUAUCAAUAUAAAUUAUAGAAACAACAGUUGUAUUUUGUCACUUUUAAUCAAUGACCUAGAUAUAAAUUAUGCCAUCCGUGUGUUUAUCACGGGGUGAGGGUCUUGUGUGUCAAAUGUGUUAACGACCUGGGUCGGGAAUAAAUUAUGUACAUAGGCAAUAUAAAAAUGUUGAUGUCAAAAAACGUAUUAUUGUAAUGAAACAAUUAGGAAAUAUACAUUAUAUUGGAAAAAUGCCAUUUAGUUAUAGAUCAGUGCUCGUGUGUUCAUUAAAUUUUUUAGAUAAUAAUUUAUUCUAACCAUUAAUGACGGUAGGACCAAUUCAAUUUGUUGAAAGUUGAUACUAAAAUGUCAUUUUAUUUAAAAAAAAAAAACAAAUUUAAAACCAUAAGAGAAAGGCUAUAUAUUU